AAAGAAAAAUAUGAACUGUGAGUGUUAACUGCUAUUGCUAAUAUUGUUAUUGUUUAGCCAGUGAAACCAACUAUUAAAGAAAAUAGGAUUAAACCAUCUAAAUUGAUUAGUCACUUUCUCUACACUGACCAAUACAGUUUCCUAUGCCCACUGAUAUAAUCACACAUACGAUACUUGAUGAGAAUGGACACGCGUACAAGGACUUUCAAAAGACGGGUGAUUAUAACUCUUAUCCCGUCACCAGUGAGAAUCCUGUUCUGAAUGAUGAGCCAGUGAAAUCAUGGGAUUUAGAUCCUCCCAGUAGUCUGAUACACACAAAGUAUACAAAUCUAACAGAAGAUGAUCCUAAUGUGUAUCAUGAUCCCGAAAAUUCAACUUAUAAUCACGAUGAUUUGAUAGACAAUCCACUGACGUCCGAUUACGAUGCUUUGAACAGAAGUGAUGGAAAUGAUGAUUAUCUAAAUCCAGUAGAAACUGAUGCCUUUUUGCCGAGUUAUGCCGAUAACUAUACGUCAUAUGAUCAUACUCAUGGAGUAGAUCCAGUUAGGCCACGUUCUCAACUGAAGUUCCCCCAUGAUCAGGAUUCACUGGAGUCCACCUACCAGAAUGCUUACCAACCCUACAAACUAGAAACAGUGAGUGACUAUAAACCCCAUGAAUAUUAUUUCCCUCCACAACAACCAAUGGCUACGAAUACUUCCUACCGCAUAGACUAUCCUCCACGUUACCCUGAAGUGUCAAGAAGUUUCAAGCCAACUGAGAUUUAUACACCUCCUUUAGUUCCAAUGUUAAACAAGACAAGCUACCAGACGGAAUAUCAAAGUCCUCCUGUGUCGCCGACAGAAGUACCCUUCAGGAUGAAAGAUCAUGAAACUUUUCCUACGGGUAGAUUUCAGAAUGAAACCACUUACGGUAAAGAUUAUGAACUCAAGUGGACUGAACCUGUACACUCUUACAAGCCUUAUAGAGAAUACCGAGUGCCCAUAGAGCCAGUGUCCAAUGAGACAAGUUACCAAAUGGAAUAUACCUCUCAUCUACUGUCCAAACCAAUGUCUUAUGCUCCAAAUUAUGUCUACCAACAACCUGAAGUACCAUUUCAUAAGAAUACAAGCUACUCGGAAGAAUUCCAGCCAUAUAACGCCUCAAGAAGUGAAAGUUUUAAGCCUAUAUACGAGUAUCGGAAGCCUACAAUGAAGAUAGAGAACAAUACUGUUUAUAGCUUAAAUUAUAGACCUUGGCAUGCCGCAAAAGGUGAACCCUAUUAUCCAAAGGAUAAUCUUCAUCUGUUUCACGGGAAUAGAGAUUUGACAACCAGCUAUACGGAGGAGUUUCAACCUAGAUAUACGCAAAGAGUACAUCCUAUCAAGCCAAAAGAAAACAGAUGGUGUAUUGAUGAAGCCGUACCUAAACAAACCUCAUACCUCACCGAUUUUCGUUCACUCACACCAGAUCCAUCGAUUUCAUACAAACCUAUAGAAAUAUACAGGUCGCCAAGUCUGCCAGUUGUAACUCAGUCAUCUUACGCAGAAGACUAUGUACCCAUAUAUACAAAGAAACGAGAACCUAUCUUGCUUAAAUCAGAUCUGAAGACCUCGAAAUUACCUAUGGAAAAAAACAGUUCGUAUUCGGAGGAAUUUCAGUAUCGCAAAGCGAAAAGAUUAGAAAAUUUAAAGCCCCUAUAUCAAUACACACAGCCAAGUGUACCAUUCGCCAAUAAAACGAGUUAUCAGACUGAGUACCUCCCACCUCCGAAGGAGCACAAAGAAAAUCAAAGCUGUCCCCCUAACUCACGAUACACAAAAAUGCACCCUACGGCAACGUCUUAUGCCAAUGACUACAAGCCUACGCAAAAUCUAACAAAACUUCAGCCAAUCCUACAGCAAGACAACAUAAAGAUCAAUAAUCUGAUCGAUCACAAUUUAAAAACAAGUUAUUCAAUCGAUUAUGUGGAUCCUUAUCAAUCAAAUUCAAGUAAGGGUAGGAAUGAAUAUAUUCACCUCAAUAAAAGAGUUCAAAGUAAACCAAUCAGCUCAAGGAACAUUUUACCGAAAAUCAGCAUUCCUACCUCUCGUAAUACAACAUUUGAAAAUAGAAUGAAUAACCACCAUUAUAAGACAACUUAUCAACAAGAAUUCUCAAAACUACCGCUUAUUAAAAAAGCACCAAAUUUAGAUCAUUUUCGACCUCAAGAUUACUAUGUUCCACCAAAAAUUAAGAUGUCAAAUAGUACAACAUACUCAAAUGAUUAUAAAUGGCCUGAAUCUAUGACAUUUACUGAAGAAAGAAAAUUCAAUGAUUUCGAAAAUUUAAACAGACCAGAUGAAUACUCUGACAGUGAUUUAAACAACCAUAAUUAUCAAUAUUUUACGAAUCCCGAAUUCACCUAUGAUCAUUUACUGUCCAAUAGAAGUAAUACAGUCACAGAUAACCCAUUGAACAAUAAUCUCACAAAUUUGAAUUAUGAUGACAAUAAAAGUAGUCCCGGGCUUUAAUACAACGCAAGGAUAUGAAGCCUGUCUUCGAGGAGCAGUAUGAUGAAACCUGAUGACUAUUCUAUUGCAUUUCAAUAGACGUUUGAACCUAACCUUAAUGUUAGACAUUUAUACUACUACACGUAUUUGUAAAGAAUGCUGCUUUUAUGGAAAUAGUUUUCUUUAAUAAUUUGCUAGUGUUUCUUUCAAUGUCAUCGGGCUGCUUAACAUUGUACAUAACAGUCAUUUCUCAUUACCAGAAUGAUCAAACCUGUAAACUGGUUUGUAUUCAUGUAACUUAGGUUUGAUGAAAUAUAUUAUUAUUAUUAUCAUUAU